GUCAUAUUUGGCGUCUAAGUCAUGUAUUAGGAUUGCUAAGACAUUUACAUUUAAAUGGACAUACUUCAUAUUUUUUAUUAGUAAUUAUAUUUUGACUCAAUAAUGUCGGGGUAUAAUAAUUAUGAAAAUUGGCCGCAAGAAUCAACUUCAAAUACAGAUGAAGAAGAAUUGUCGUCUCCUGAAAUUGAACAGGAUGAUAGUGACGACGAUUCUGAAACAUCAACAUCUAGCACGAGUACAUCUGCAUCCAGUAGUAGUGGUAGUAGUCAGUCAGGCUCUGAUUCUGAAAGUACUAGUACUGCAGAUGAAGACGAAACUAUAUCACUCAAAACUGAAACUGUAGUGGCUAAUAAAACUGAGCUUAGUUUACCUGUUGGAAUGUGCGAAGAUGAAGAAGUUUUCAAGCAACUUUUUUCUGUUAAUUCUUGGGUAUGCUUAAGUGACCAACAAAAGCAACAUUUAAAGAAUUUUCUUCCAACUUUUCCUGAAAAUGAUUUAAUGGAAAAAGAAAUCACUUUAAGAAUGCUUUUUGGUGGUCAAAGUUUUCGAUUUGGAGUUAAUCCAAUUGAUGAUUUUCAUGACAAAUUAAAAAAUGGAUAUUAUCGUCCUGAUAUUGUUAAAAUGAAAUCUUUGUUAAAACGUACUCUCAAACAAAAAUAUAGAAAAAAUCAACAUAUUAACCGUUUUAAUACAUUAAAAAAAUUACUCUCUGAACGUCUAGAUUUGUCUAAAAUUGCUUUGCCUAUGAGUAAUCAUUUUGAUCCAACUGAAGAUAUGUAUAGAGAAAUGUUGUUAUCUUAUAAGAUAAAACAGAAGAAAAUUGAACAAGAAAAAGAACAAAUAAGACUUGACCUAAUGAAAGAACAGAUAAAACCAGCUGUUUCAUUGGGAAAUGAGAAAAAGAGGUCAGCAACUAGCGAUCGGUCUCGAGUGAAACGAACAAAGACGGAAGAAGAAAUAGUACAAGAGAGGCAAAUUGAAGUUGAACCUAUCAGUUUAACGGCUGAUGAAAUACUUAUGGCAGAAGAAGGUCAGGCUGCUGCAGCGAUGUUGUUAGAGAUAAUGAGUGAUGUGGAAGAGAAGUAUAAUAAUUCACCAUAAAUAUUGUCAUCACCUUCAUCUACACCUCCACCAUCUGAAAACAAUUUAGAGUCCAAGUACAGUCCACCUACUUAUCACAAUAGUUAUA